GGGCGCGGCAGCUCCGCCCCGGCGGGUCCCUCCCUGAGCCGCGGGCCCGCCCGGCGCGGCACAUCCGCGGGGACGGCGCUCGCCAUGGCCACGGUGCGGGAGAAGGCGGCGGCCCUGAACCUCAGCGCCGUCUGCAGCCCCGCCGCCAGGCCCCCGGGCUUUAGCUUGGCGCAGAAGCCGUUUGGAGCGACGUACGUCUGGAGCAGCAUUAUCAGCGCUCUUCAAGCUCAAGUGGAAGUGAAAAAGCGCCGCCAGAACCUGAAGUGCUACCAUGACUGUUUCAUUGGCUCAGAUGCUGUGGAUGUUGUCUUUGCCCAUCUCCUACAGAACAAGUAUUUUGGGGAUGUGGAUAUUUCCCGUGCUAAAGUAGUGCGCGUGUGCCAGGCGCUGAUGGAUUACAAAGUAUUUGAGGCUGUUUCAACGAGGGUCUUUGGGAAAGACAAGCGGUCUGUGUUUGAAGACAGCAGCAGCAGCCUCUACAGGUUCACAAACACCUCAAACCAAACAGAAUUCGAUAGAGACUACCUGCAGUGUACCCCACAAAGACAUGAGAGGAGCAUGUUGUUCCACUCCACUCCUGUCAAACCAGAAAACUUGGAGGAUCUUUGGGAAAACCUGAGUCUAAGGCCUGCAAAUACCCCUCAAGUAAACAUCUCGGAUAGUUUGUCCCGCCGAGUUAUUAAUGAAGUGUGGCAAGAACAAACAAUUGCUCGUCUGCUGCAGCUGGUCGACCUUCCCCUCCUGGAGUCUCUGCUGGAGCACCAAGAGAUCAGACCUCAGCUCCCACAGCCAAGGAAGGGAGCUGGGUAUGUCAUCACAAGCAACUACCUAGACAGAGAGAUCCUCAAGGCUUUCAGUGACUCACAGACAGACGAAUGGCUCUCGGCAGCAAUAGAUUGCUUGGAAUACCUUCCGGAUCAUAUGGUGGUGGAUAUUAGCAGGAACUUGCCUGAUCAGCCAGAUCAAGCAGAUACAUGGAAACUGCUGCUGUUUGACAAUAUUGGUAGAUACUACAGCCAAAAGAAGGAGCCGCUGUUAAGCCACGCACCCGAAAUCCAUUUAGAAAUUGCAGAGCUUUUAGUGAAUGGGAAGAUGGAGCAAUCUUUAGAAGCUGUUCAGCUGUAUUUGAAACUUCUAGACAGCCAAGUCAGGGAGGAGUUCAGGAGACUGUUGUACUUCAUGGCUGUUGCAGCACACAAUUCUGAGCUCAAACUACAGAAGGAGAGUGACAACAGGAUGGUUGUGAAAAGAACAUUCUCUAAAGCUAUUAUCAACAAUAAAAACUUAUCCAGAGGGAAAACUGACCUCCUGAUCUUGUUCCUUGUGGACAACCAAAGAGAUGUGUUAAAGAUCCCAGGGACUCUGCAUAAGAUGGUCAGCGAUAAACUGCUGGCUUUGCAGAAAGGCCAGGAUCCCAGUAAGAUAACAGGCUAUACCUUUUGCCAAAAACUUGAUGAAAGAGAGUAUCGCUCCAAUACAGAGAAGACCACAAGAGAUGAGCUGUUGUCUCUGUUGAAAGCUAUCGAUGAAGACUCAAAGCUCUCUGACAAAGAGAGAAAGAGACUGCUAGACCAGUUUCAUAGUAGUAAUCCAAGUAUUUUUAUGCAGUAUUUUGGAGACAGAGUUACUAAUAUGUGUGUGUGAGACUUUAAAUAGAGAUUACUUUGUAUACUCCAGCAUUGAAAACACUAAUAUAUUUGUAAAUUUUUGUAUUCAUGUAUUGUGCCUAAUAAAGUUAUUUUGUGGAAA